CAUUUUAACAGAUUGAAGCACAUCUUUUUAACAGAUUGAAGCAUCUGCAACCAUGUCUGAGGCUGAGUUUCAGAAAGCAGCAGAGGAGGUCAAACAUCUGAAAACGAAACCAACGGACGCUGAGAUGCUGGAGAUUUACAGUCUGUACAAACAGGCCACCGUAGGAGAUGUUAACACAGCUCGACCGGGCAUGUUAGACUUCACUGGCAAGGCCAAAUGGGAUGCCUGGGAGGCAAAGAAAGGUAUGAGUAAGGAAGAUGCUGUGAAAGCAUACAUCGCUAAGGUAGAGGAGCUGAAAGGGAAAUACGGCAUCUAACAGACGGACCCAUCACAGCCAGCCUGCCUUUACCAGCACUGUUCAUACAAAGCGCCUUAUGGUCUCCAGUGUGUCCCUCACGAGGGUGUUUUACGGUUACACUGUAGCACACAGGCUCCGUUCUGUGUGAGAGAAUAGGCACAUUCCUCGCAGGCCAAGAGAAACCGUCCAACAGCAACCAUGUAGUGAAAAGAAACUGUAUGCAAUGCCAUAAAAUCACUUUUUCUAAAACCCUGUGUUUAUUUUGAUAAGGAAAAUCAUGUUAGAAUUUUUUAAGCAAGACCCCUGUGAAAGAUUUUCUGAUUAAAAAUGACACGAUCAAAUGUA